UCCCUCGUACUGCUCUAGUUACCACGCAGAAGGUCAACACGUGCCUUUAUAAUUAGAGUGAUCUUAACAUGUUGAACUCUUUGCACGGCAAUACAGCAGACUGCUUUGUAAAGAGAGUUGCGCCAUAUCACUGGCUGCAUGGGGCAGAUCAUCACCGAAAUCAGUAAUAACCAGCGGCUCCAAUUUCGAGGUAUCAGAACGGAAGACGAAAUCGCACUCAAAAUGAACUUAAUCAUUGUCACUCUGGUGGUUUUCCUUAUGUCGGGACCUGCACAAGCGGGGUGCAGCACGGAUCCUUUACAUGGAUGCAUAGACCAUGGGUGUAGAAACGGAACACGGGAGUGCAGCGGGGGCUGUAUGUGCACUAACUUCAUAUGCUGGUUUGUUCCAACAUGUUAUACGAUUGUGAAGUUUCCGAAUGAGGAGAAUCAAGUGGCAGUCGUGCCAUCCUCUUGGGUAGUUGGAACAUCUUGCUACUGGCCUCCAGAAAAGGAAGAAAGGAAAAUUGGCAUUUAUGUUCGAAAAAACAAGGUCCCCAGUUUGGACUGGCAGUUCCUCGAUUGUAACUCAGUGGAGACUUAUGAAACUUACGAAGAAGCGCGAGAAAUGCUGCCGCUUGCAGCAAGCACUUCAGACUUGAAUGCUGACAGAGAGUAUGGACGAGGAAAAAGGAAAAGAGUAAGGAGGGUGUACUCUGACGAAGAAGAUGAUUGUUCUCCACCUGUUACCCCCCCCAUAUCGGACAGAACCGAAGUGUAA